AUGGCCAUCCAAGGCUACCAGGAAUACAAACUCGCAUUUUGCAAAAUUGGGGACACCGCUUGGACUGCCUUAAAAGGAGAAGGGAAGCUUUGGGAUCUCCGCAACCCUGCCUCUCCAAAGAAUACUCUCAUCAUUUCUCAUUGGCCUCCUUUGUUACACCCCACAAUAAGGGACCACCACUGGCUAAGACAAGCUUUGCACCCUGAUCGUUAUCUAGUGGAGUCUUCAGGGGAGUUGUUGAUGGUUGUUAGGUACUAUAAUCACAAUGUAGAUGAUGACGGCAACUACCAACCUAAAAUUAUCACUCAAGAUAGUUCACGUCCCAAGAAGACAAUUAUUUUUGAUGUGUAUAAGCUAGACUUUGUUAACAUGGACUGGCUACUCCUACCUAGCUUAGGCCCCGAUAGGGCAUUGUUCAUCGGUCUUAAUGACUCUAUCUCUGUCUCUCCCGUUGAUUUCCCCGGGUUGGCCAUGAAUUGCAUUUACUUCACUUGUCCCAAUGCUGAAUUACUCGAAGAUACUCAUGAUUUGGGUGUCUUCAACUUUGAAGAUAACAACAUCACUCCAAUUUAUCAUUAUGACUUGGACAUUCAACUGCCUUCUCUAUGGAUUGUCCCUGCAGCUCAGCAAUGA